UGCUGGGCGGUGCAGGCAUCUGCCGUACGCGGAGCUGCCUCACACCGCCCUUGUCAGCCCGUAGCUCUUUCUUUCUUUCUUUCUUUCUCCUGCACUUUUGCUGGCCCUCCCAAUCCGAGCGAGUUGCGCCCGGGUGCGCGAAGGGAAGGAGUGAUAACCUGAGGGAAUGAGCCCAGAGGAGGCGGUAGCUCGAUAAAGGAGUGAGGCUGAAGUUUUCAAAGCAAAUGUUGGAAGAUGUUGGCUGCAGACACAGGGAUUGUAGAAGAAUGGUUAUCAGAAUUUAAGACCGUGCCAGAAGCAUCGAUACCAAGCUACGCUAAAAAUCUGAAAGACAAAAUUUCUCUCGUUUCAUCUCUUUAUAAAGUUAUUCAGGACCUACAAAGUGAGCUGCUGGAGCCAGUCUGUCACCAGCUAUUUGAAUUUUAUCGCAGUGGUGAGGAACUUCUGUUACAAUUUACACUACAGUUUCUUCCAGAACUGAUCUGGUGCUAUCUUGCUGUUUCUGCCAGUAAAGAUCUACAAAGCAGUGGCUGCAUAGAAGCACUUCUUCUAGGAGUCUACAACUUGGAAAUAGUUGACAAAGAUGGCCACAGUAGGGUGUUAAGUUUUACAAUUCCAUCCUUAUCUAAACCUUCAGUAUAUCAUGAACCUUCCAGUAUUGGUUCCAUGGCUCUUACUGAGGGUGCUCUGUCUCAACAUGGUUUAUCCAGGGUUGUAUACAGUGGACCUCAUUUACAGAGGGAGAUGUUAACAGCACAAAACAGAUUUGAAGUAUUGACAUUCCUUUUGUUGCGUUAUAAUGCUGCCUUAUGUUAUAUGCCAGCAGUUUCUCUUCAGUCAUUAUGUCAGAUCUGCUCAAGGAUCUGUGUCUGUGGAUAUCCACGUCAACAAGUAAGGAAGUACAGAGGCAUAAACAGCAGGAUUCCAAUUUCCUCUGAAUUCAUGGUGCAAAUGUUAACAGGGAUUUAUUAUGCUUUUUACAAUGGAGAAUGGGAUUUGGCUCGAAAAGCAAUGGAUGAUGUUUUAUACAGAGCACAACUAGAGCUAUAUCCAGAACCACUCUUGGUUGCUAAUGCAAUAAAAGCUUCAUUGCCUCAAGGUGCCAUAAAAUCUAGUAAAGAAGGUACAAAAUGCAUACAGGUUGAAAUCACACCAACUGCAUCUAGAAUAUCAAGAAAUGCAGUGACGAGCAUGUCUAUUCGUGGCCAUCGAUGGAAAAGGCAUGAUAGUGAACUAGGAAUUACAGAAGAAGAAUUAAUAGAAGUCUCUGAAGUUGAUGAAGGUUUUUGCUCUAGGGCUCCUUCUACCACAAGUAAUUCUGCUUUAUUGAAUAGCAGCAAUAUGAGUAACAAGUCUCUGCUAAGCAAGAGUCAGCGAAGGUCUGGAGGAAGCAAAAUUGGAGGAAAAGAAAAGGAAGCUGUUGGUGAAUCCCAUAAAGAACAUUUGUCUCGUAAACAAAGCCAGAGAGCAAUGAGUGAAAACCUAGAGCUUCUAUCAUUAAAGAGACUGACCCUAACUAGCAGCCAAUCUCUGCCUAAGCCUGGCAGUCAUAGUUUGGCUAGAACUAGCACUACUCUUUUUAGUAAAUCUUUUGAACAGGUCAGUGGUGUUGUAGUCCCAAAUAAUCACAAUGGCACAGAAGGAAACAGAUUUUCAGUGUGUAGUUUGCAAGAGAAUAAUUUGAUCUUUGGAACUGAAAGAAUAGAACUUCCUGUUCCAAACAAACAGCCAAAUCAGCAACGACCACCUACUAUCAGCAUUACUCUAUCGGCAGACUAACUAGCACAUUUCAAACCUUUCAGUCUAAAUGAGGAUUCAGGUGGUGUUAAUACCAUAUAUUAUGAUCCAUGAUGCCCCUUUUCUAACUAUUAAUACUCUUUUUAGAAGUUACUCUUAUUUGAAAGUAGUAUCUCUAACUUGCAAGUUUUAAGGUUUACAAUGUUACAGUAGAGUAGCAUGGAAAAUUCUGUAUUUUACAUAAAUUAUGUUAUAGUCUGUGGGACUCUACAUGAAUUUUGUAAGAGUGCUACAAUUGAGUUUGUAUUGGAGAGUUUUUACAUCAUGAAUGUGAAGCACAGGAAAUUUUUAAUAUUGAUUGAAUUAUUUUUCUGGAACAAUACAAUUGUGUUGUUUUUGGAGGUUAUAUGUCAGGUCCAUAUACACAACUGAAACCUCCUUCUUGCUUUUUGAGUCCUGGAGAAUUUGAAGCUUUUUUUUUAAACGUUCAUAAAAGCAGUUCAGGGUUCCACUAAAGUGGGCUGCUUGUGUGUGGGGGGGAAUCAGCUGUGUGUGCCGGUGUACAUUAAUGGAUUUGCUGGGCUGAAGUCACUAUGUUCAGUUUGAAACUUUCAGUAUUGCUACUAACAUGUAGACUUGGUUAGUAUUCUGGGGUUUGUAAAAUCACCUGCAACAAACAUUUUUUGAGAAUACAGUGGGUAUAUUUGAUAGUUUUGUAGAGAACAAAGUUAAGCUGUGUUAACUUCUAAAACACACUAGCUAUUUGCUAAUAUUCAGAGCACAUAUAGUACAGCUACUCAGAUUGUGCUAGCCACUAUCCCCCAUGGUGUUAUGCUCAAAUAUUAUUUAUCUGUGGGUUUCAUAACUAUAGAAGGACAAGUUAGAUGUUUGUGUGGGCAUGUUUGUACACCUUGGUUGUGGUGCUACACAUUGGGCUGUCUGCCCAUGGGCCCAUGUGUAUACCUGAACUCUGUAUAAAUGUGGGGCAAGGAGAUGCAAUCCUAAUUCUUCCACUUCAUGGAAGAAUAUCAAAUAUCAGCAUAAAGCUGCUAUUCCCAGUAUUCCAAUUUUACAAUGCAGGUGAAUUUUCAAUUGCAGCAAAGAAACUUUCCUACCUCAGAGCCUGCAAAUCAGCACAAGAAACAAUAUUGGCUUCCAUUUGCUGCUGAUUCCUAGAUUUGAACAGAAUUAUGUGUCUUUAAGAUUUUAGUAAUUACAAUAUCCCAUAUGAACACUUUGGGAGCUGAUAAAAUGGGUUUAGUUUAGUAAAACUUUCUUGCAUUAAGCCAUUAUUAUGCAUUGCGUCAUAUUAAAGUAUUACAUUUUAGGCCAUGACAGAACACAUGUACAUAUUAAAUAUUUUGGAAGGGCAAAUUUAUAUUAUGGUUAUUCUCUUCAAAAAAUAUACAAGUUUGGAAACUACAGACUGGUAUGUUGCAAUAAUUUUUUAAUGACCUUGCCACAAACUUCAUCAAUGUCAGUUCCACAGGCUUGCAAAUUCGUCUAUAUAUGCAGUGUCUCAUAGUUUCCAAAAACUAUGAAGACUAGUAGGCACUCCAGAAUGAUUUAUUAGAAGCUGGGGGAUGGAUGUGAAGGAUCUGAGUAAGAGCAGAAGAGCAUUCUACUUGUUCCUAAAGUCUUAGAAUACAAAGUAUUAUCUGUAAAAGUUAACAGUGUCUUUGGUUGUCUUCUUCCCUAUUCUUGCUAGUUAAAGUAUGAUCCUUUAAAUAAAAUACAUUCCAAUAUACACCCAUAUUACAUUUUGCUUAUUGUCUCACAAAAUGUUUUUAAAUGGCCAGCAUGUAUAUAGAUAAUGAUAGUACUCUGUUUUAUUGGCUAUAUGCUUAACGCCAGCCACAAGCAGCUAAAACAUAGAAGGUCUAAAACUCAGGCAGAAAUGUCUCUCACCUAAUAGUUAACAAAUUGGAAUGGGGCAUCUCCAAGUGGAAGAGAUUCCCCAUUCUUAAAUUCCAGAGAGCCAAGUUUUCUAACCAGCUUUUCUCUAACUGUUGAAAUUUGAGAUUUUUCUAAAAUAAUUUUUGUGCACAAUUUGAAUUUUAAAAUGGGUAGCAUCUAAAUUUAAAAUUAUUUCAACUUUCUGAAAUCACGGAUGUACUUAUCGUUACAAUAUUAAUAUGCUUUAUGUUUAACAAGCUACUGCAUAUAUGGUUUUCCUAGAUAAUUUACAUUUUACUGACAUUGUAAUAUUUUUUAAAAUCAAAGGUAGAAGAAAGUGACUCUUACAAAGGAGUGUAUUUUUAAACUUCUUCCUAUGGUUAAACUAACUUUAUAUAUAAAAUGCUGUAAGAUACAAAAUUAUGGUUUUCAAAAUGUUUACACUGCUGUAGUUUUUGGACUAAAAUGUUUUUUCUCUAAUAAAACUAAUUUGGGGUAGGAUUUUUUUUUCAUGUUCAGGUAAUCUUGUUCUAAACUUUCUCCAAAUGCUGUAAGAAAUAUCAAAAUAACAUAUAUCUAUGUAUGUAUGUUUGCCACCUGGUUUGUUAACUGAAAUAACUUUCAUAUUUUUCGUAUUUAUGUGUGCAAAUCCUGAUGUAAUGGGGCUUUCUGUAUAAAUACAUUUAGUAUUCGUCCAUAAUCUCAAACAGAACCAAGAAUGGAAAUUAGCAAAUUAUACUGUAAUGUAUAUGCAAAGAUAAAAGUAACCAGCCCCAAUACAUUUUGGUUGAAUGUGUUUUUUUCAUAAGGGUUGGUAAUUAGUAAAAAUAGCCAGUACAUGCUAAAUGAUGAAGGGGACAUCUGCAUAAUUCUACCUGUAUGGUAUAUUGACUUGGUUCACAAUAUACAAUUCUCAUAAGGCUGGAUCUUUUCAAAACUCAUCCUUUUAUGACAGAAGUUGUAGAUGGCUUGGAUCUGAAAAUUAAGAUGGAACUCUUUGGGCUUUAUCCUAGCUUUCUCAAAAUUCUUGCCAUGAUUCUGAGUCUAGAAAAAUAAAUCCAUAACUGUCAAGGUGAUAUGGCCUAUGAUUUUAGGCUUAUCAAGGAGAAGUAUGUUUACCAACUCUGGUGUUUCUGUUUUGGAAAAGCAGUAUGCUGCUCACUCUCACUUAAAAACACUUCACAAUGUUUAAUGCAGAAUUCAGAAAGGUUGGAUGAUUGCCGUUCUCUAGAAUGCAACAGUGGAUUUUUAUUUUGGUAACUAGUUAUGCUUAACUACCAGAAAGUAUCAAAAUAGUCUAGAGAUUUAGGUCAUCAAUAGCUUGAUAGCUUAGCUUCUGAAGGUUUACUAUUGUUAAAUACUACUACUAGAUGAACACUAGAAGGUUUUAGGGAUGGGUUAGUCCUGUGAUUGAAUAUUUUCUAUUUUGUGAUUUAAGGAGCACUGCUGUAUUUCUACUUUUUUCUCCAACAAUAAGUGGUCCAUUACCAAGUUGUGAAGCCCAGUUAAAGUUAGUGGAACUAACCAGUGUUGGUCAGUGAAUUCUGUCCUGUAAUAAAAUAAGAUAAAUAUAGUUGAAGUUAGGGGUUGCUGUAAUAACAGGUGGUUUCACGGUGGUGGUGGGGAACUAGCAUUGAUGAAAAUUUUGCAUAGCACAGCUAUGGAAAAACACAAUGUACCGAAAUGCUUUAGCAGUCUUUUAUUUGAGAUAAACACAUGAUAUAGACGAUUUAUGAAUGAUAUCUUUUCUGAUGGGCAUCACUCUUAUUUUCCUAAUUUAGAUUUUUAAAUGGGCUAGACCUCUUUCUGUAAUAACAUUAGCUUUUGCAUAGCUACAUUUCUAAAUAAUGAAGACUGAACAUUUGGCUGUUUAUAUAUUUGUAAUACUCUGUUAAUUACAGGGAAGAUUAAACACCAAUUAUUACAUUUUUCAUGAAUAAUAUGGAAGUUCGGAUGUGUGCUGCUUUCUGUUUUGUAGUGUAAGUUUGUGAAUACUUUCCAUUUUUGUAACAAAAUGCUUGUUUUGUAUAGUUUAAUAAAUAAAUUGCCUAUCUUGA